UAUGUUUUUUAAUUUCACUAGGAUGUCUUCAAGCUCUUUUGAUAAAUUAUUGUCACUUGUGGGCCCAGAUAUUGCAAAAAAAUCUCUAAGAGAAUCGAUAUCUCCAGGGUGCAGGCUUGCAAUUACAUUACGAUUUUUGGCAACUGGAGAUUCUUAUCCAAGCUUGUCAUAUUCCUUUCGGGUUGCUGUACCAACAAUUUGUAAUAUUAUUAGAGAAACGUGCUUGGUGUUGUGGAAUGUUUUGUUUCCAAUAGUGUUAAAAACCCCAAAUGAAGAGAUGUUAAAAAAAUUUGAAAAAGAAUUUUGUACUAAGUGGUCAUUACCAAACUGCGUAGGGGCUAUAGAUGGCAAACAUGUGACAAUUCAAGCACCUUAUAAGUCAGGCUCUACAUUUUUUAAUUAUAAAAAAAAUUUUAGCAUUGUUUUAUUGGGCGUGUGCAAUGCAGACUACAUGUUUACUUAUGUGGACAUAGGAGCAUACGGUUCACAAAGUGAUGGAGGUGUUUUAAAUCAAUCACAAUUUGGACAAAAACUUUCUACAAAUAGUCUUAAUUUACCAUCUCCAAAGUUGUUACCCGUUUCAAGCAAUGGUCUACAAAUUCCACACUUCUUUGUUGGAGAUGAAGCGUUCCCACUUAGAAGCAAUUUGAUGCGUCCAUACAGCAAAGGCCGAAAUGGUACAAUGCCUGAAGACGAAAAAAUAUUCAAUUAUCGUCUCUCUAGAGCCAGAAGAAUAAUUGAAAAUGUUUUCGGAAUUUUAGUGGCAAGGUUCAGAAUAUUCCACCGUACCAUAAAUGCUUUUCCUGAAACAGUUGAUAAUAUUGUGAAAGCCUGUGUAUGUUUACACAAUUAUAUAAGAAUGGAAAAUAAUGAAUGUUAUUUUCAAAAUGAAGACAUCGAUAGAGAAGUAGAUGGAAAGUUAAUUUCUGGGAGAUGGAGGACUGAGGCUCCAGUUGAUGGGGCUCUGACAAACCUUCGACUGCGGUUAGGUGCUAGAAAUUCUGGUGAAACUGCCUUAGCUAUGAGAACAUAUUUAAAAGAAUACUUCAAUGGUUCAGGAGCAUCUUUAGCACCAUGGCAGUGGAAUGUAAUAAAUAAAACUAAUUGAAACGUUUAAUACUGUAAUGUUCUAAUAUCAUUUUGAAGAUUGUAUUGCUUAAUGAAAUAAAAUAAUGAAAAUCUUGAA